AUGCUUCUUUGGUGUACAGUGGUAAGGGUUCACGAUUACUUGAUCUACUAAUUGUUACACACCGUAUCCAUUGUUUUAAUCUCUUGUUCUAAUCUAAUUGACUAAAUUAUUUAUUCGAACAUACCUAGGUUACCAUUAAUUUUACCCUUACAUGAAGUUGAAAAUAUCACAAGCAAACCAAACCUGAGCUGCCACAACUAGCCGUCAACAAGUUUUUCCGUAGUGGUGAACUACUGUUUGGUAACUAGGACUUGUAUUUAAUAAUUUGACACAGUCAGAAUUUAUAACAGAUUCUGAUAAAGAGUCAGUUGACACUUUCCUCCACUUUAUAGUCAGUAAUCAGCGCAGUGGCUCGAAUGCAACCAACGAUAAAUCAGUAAAUUAACUAAUCGUGAAAAGUACUAUAAUUGCUGCGUCUUUAAUUAAUAGGGAGCUCAUGCAACAACGACGGUGACGUCAGCGAGAACGGCAAAAAAGAAAUAGGUUUAUUUUAGCAAAACAACAACUCUCACGUGCAUCACGCUAGUUGUACAUUUCUCUUCCGCUCUUAAAUAUCAAAUUCCCACGUGAAGAGGUUUUGUAGCAGAGUUAGCUGUUAUGGUCUUGUCCAGUUUUUUGUCUAAUUUCUAAUUUCCACUUAGGAAUCACGGCUGGGGAGUUUUACACCCACAAUGGAGGCGCAGCGAACUACCUUUGCCUUCCAAAGACCCCAAAGUACGAUCAGUACAAGGACGGCGUUCAGAGGAUUGGUAUAUGGCACUGAGUACGAACUGUCGUUUAACCCUUUUCACAAAAAUCUCCAAGACCACAAUGCACCUUGUGCCGUCUGCUAUGUCGACUCACGUGGCUCAAUGCUGAUGAUGCCCACUCGGAAUGACUUUCCAUCUGGAUGUACCGAGGAGUAUCAUGGGUAUCUGAUGACUUCUCACUACACAGACAAAAACCAAAAAGAAUUCAUCUGUGUUGAUAGAGAUCCGGAGUUCAUCCCUGGCACCCAGGCAAACACGAAUGGCGCCUUGAUGAUGUACUUUGUCGAAUGCACAUGUGGACGAAAUUUGCCGUGUGAUCCAUAUGUUUCAGGUCGAGAGUUGACUUGCGCUGUUUGCACCAACUAA